UAAAGCGUACUGACGCAGCCCUAGCAACGAACCAGUAGCAUGGCGACGAAGACGCUUUCUAUUAUUGUAGCUAUGUGGAUUGCGUGUAUUUAGAUUUUUUUAGAUAACUUUAGCUGAAAUAUGACUUUUAAAAGAAGCUAAUACAACUGAGGUGAAUGAGCAUGGGAUAUACUGAGUAUGGAGACAAGAAGAGGUAAUGAAUCGCCUCCCCCAAGGCACAUUCUGGCUGGACCACCCAGAAGACAAAUUACUUUAAAAAGCAGCCAGUUUUGCCCUAGGUCAUCAAGCAGACUGACUCAGUAUAUUAUUCAAGACCAUAUGGUAUCCCAUUAUAAAAAGGUGUAUUCUGCUAAAGCUGCCAUUGAUGCAUCAGUUCCCAAAAGUAUGCUGAGCAGUGUAAAAUACAAUGACCAGUUACAGCGGGAGAGAUUGAGGAAAGAUGCAUCCAGGUCUGAGCGACAUCCUCAGUCACACCCAGAGAAGAGCAGCAGAGCAUACACCAGAGCAUCCUGUCCAUCUCAAAAUGCUCAUAGCAGAGCUGGUGAAGAAAGUACCUACUUUGACCUGGGAAGCUCCUUGAUUUCCUCACAAAGACUCCACACCACCUUUCAAGCCAAGCAAAUAGUCUACCAGUCCCAACCAAAUGGUGGGUCUAGAAGCCCCUCUCACUUCCUCCACGCUGCUUCUGAGUACAGCUACGGUAGCCCUGACUGCCAAAGGCAGCAGUCAAGCCGCUCCUGUGCCACCACAGGUACCCAGGGUGGCUACAAGGCCUUCCAGGACCCUGUACAAAAGACCUACAGUGGGGAUCUGAUUCAGAAACAUGCCCACCGCUUCACCCAGGACAAGCCCUUCACUCCCAGGACCCUGAAGUCAGACAGUAGAUCCUAUCUCUCUCGUUAUCGCUACUACACGCCACCUCGCAGGAAACCAGCUGAAGACGUGGGAAGAAGCAGCCUGGGGCUGACACGGCGGGAGACGUAUCAGGGAAGCACACAAACCAAGGACUGCUCAUCGGCUGAAUGGGAUGAUCCACCCCAGAGACAUGGCACAGAGCAUGAGUGGUUGGACACAGAGGAUGAGUCCCAUGCACUGCAUCUGUCAGCAUCUGGACGACCACACAAAGGAAACAAUAGCAGCAGUAGUGAUCUCUUCCAGUCCUCAUACAGGGUUUCUCCAGACGGAAUGAAAUCUCCUACCAUGAAGAGGGUGUCCGUAGAGGAGGAGGAAUUAUUGUACCUUGAAUUUAUUGCUGAUGUAACAAAUGAGAUCUUGUCCAGGGGACUGUUCUCUGACAGGAUCUUGGAACGGGUGUUUGAACGUCACAUUGACAAGAAUAAACAUAGAUUAUGUGAGGACAAAAUGCGCCAUCUUCUGGAGACACUACACAAUGAUAUGCAAAGUCCAGCCAACACACCUGCUUUUAGUGCAGAACCUGUGAAUGGUGAAGGGACUGAGGUUGACCUUCUUCAUAGUAAUCUGCAGGGUCUGGAUUGCCUGGACAGAGGAGCUUUAUCAGAAACCAAAGAAAACAACUACUUUUUUCCCUAUUCAUUGAUUAAGAAGGAAAAUGAUGUUCCAUUGUCAGUGACCAAACUAUUACAUGGCAGCCAACCUGAGAGCACUGACUCUAUCAGUCUACCUGCUGGUUCGCCAGAUGAUAAAGAAAGUGCUAUGGGGCAUAAUAAUAACAGGGAAAAUGUUUCUCCAUCAUUAAAUGAAAAUACACCUUUAACCCCUGAGGAUGGUCACCAUAGAGAAAUAGAACCAAUCGAAGACAGUCAUGGUGGGAUGUUGGUAGAGCUGGAAGAUCUCGAGAAGAAUUUGUCAAAAUCGUUACAUGUGUCCUAUGCACCUGAUUUCCCAGAGCUGGGAGUCUCUGACAAUAUAAACGAAGCAGCCUCUUUCAGCGAUGAUGAGUUUUGAUAUUAUUUGCAAGUUUAAGUGAACUGUACGUAAUAUGUUUUGCAUCUGAAAAUGCCUUUAAAUAAUCUUGAGCAAUAGUGGAUAGCUUGGGGCAUGUUCAAUGCUUGUCAUAUUAUAUAUAGCUCAUUGUAAAUCAAAAGAGACUAUUUUCUUUCUUAGUAAUUUCAUAGAGAUCUUUACCAUCCAAAUGUGUUUUAUAAAUGGAAGAUGUAUGUUUCAUACUUUUUGUAAAAUGCCUAUUACUGUUUGGGGCACUGUAUUGCCUUGAAGAUUUCCACUACAGUAUUGACCAAUAUGUAUUUGGAUUAUUAUUACACUAGUGAUAAUGAACUAGACCAGAAAUGUAUUUUGUACUAUAUAUUUAUCAGAUAAGAGAGAGCAUCAUUGAUUUAAACAAAAUUAUUUGCCCUGUUUUGGGACACUGGACUCUGUGACAUUUAGCCUAGUUAACUGUGACCUUGGCUGUGAUUGACAGUGUUUUUCCAUGUUUACAAUAAAAUACGUUGUUUUUA